AUGGGUUCCGUAACAGUGCCUAAGCUCCCUACCAUCAAUUUCUCCAUUGAAGACUUGAAGCCUGGUUCAGCUUCUUGGCAGUCCACCGCCAAACAAGUCCGGUUCGCGCUCGAAGAAUACGGCUGUUUCGUGGCACUGUAUGAGCAAAUUUCCGCGGAACUUUUAAACAACAUGUUUGGCCAAGCCAAAGAUUUGUUUGAGGUUCCCAAAGAAAACAAAGUCAAGAACGUUGGUGAGGAACCCUAUCGUGGGCAUAUGGGUCCAAACCCUGGCUUGCCACUCUAUGAAAGCUUGUGCAUUGAUAAUGUGACAUCGCCACAAGAAACCCAAAAGUUCAAAAAUCUCAUGUGGCCUGAAGGAAAGACCAACUUCUGUGAAACCACAGAUUCAUUUGGGCAGUUGUUAGCAGAUUUGGAACACACUGUUGAGCAAUUGCUGUUCGAAAGCUAUGGGAUUGGAAAGCAGUACGAGUCGGUUGGUAGUUCCAACGGUCACCUUCUUAGAUUCAUCAAAUAUACAGUACCAGAGGACAACGAUACUACCUUAAGGUUUCCGAGCCACACAGACAUAAACUUCACCACCAUUGUUGUUCAGCAUGACAUCGCUGGCUUGGAGGUCAAAACCAAGGAAGGAGAUUGGAUUAAUGUUGAGUGUAAACCCUCACAAGUACAGUUGGUAUUCAUGGCCGGUGAUGGAUUGCAGGUAUGGAGCAAUGACAGAGUGAAAGCUUGCCACCACAGAGUGAAGCAUUGUGGAAACAAGACAAGAUACUCAAUUGGGCUCUUUACGUUCAAUAAUGGGGUUUUCCAAGUGCCAGAAGAAUUAGUGGACGAAAGCCACCCACUCCUCUAUAACGCAUUUGAUAGCCGUGCCUUUAUUCGAAAAUAUGCUACAACUCCAGAGCUAAAGAAGGAAGCUUCUCCUAUCAAGGCCUUCGCCGGUGUUAAAGCUUAA